UGAGGGUGCUGAGGUAAGAGCAAUUUUCUGGGCUAAUGAACAAGUAAAUAUGCCAGCAAUGGCAGUGGUGCUCAACGCAAGUCGCAUUGUCUGGUCAUUUCAAGCAGCCUCUUUCAGCUUUUUUCACAUGCCGCUCCAGAGAUUCUCACAAAUAAAGAAUGGUCGUGUUUAUUAGGGUCGUCAUUUUCAUUGGCGCCCAACACCCGUGAGAAUCUGACCUUCCGUGUAGUAGGACUCUGUCCUUCCAUGGGAAAGUGGCGUUUGUCAGCCAAGUCGUGUAUUUGAUCCACGACUUGCAUUCCCCCAGUAAGUCGCAUUUUACAAGCAGAUCUUUGUCUUUGAAUGGCGCUCAUGUCCCUGGGAUUCUUACCAUGAAAGCAAAGAGCUAUGAUGGAUGAAAAACGACGUCGUUUGAUCAGGCGUAGUCAACUAUAUAACUGUGUAUGCCUUCUUCUCGUUUUGGGUAGUCAUAAGCAGUUAGGUCUUUGGGUUUCAGUCAGGGUUUUGGCAAUGGCGGAUUCUGAGAAGGUGGUUGCCGUGAUCAUGGUCGGUGGACCUACCAAAGGUACUAGAUUUAGGCCUCUCUCAUUCAAUACUCCAAAACCCUUGUUCCCUUUGGCUGGGCAGCCUAUGGUUCACCAUCACAUUUCUGCUUGUAAAAGGAUAUCUAAUUUGGCUCGGAUUUUCCUAAUUGGAUUCUAUGAGGAGCGGGAAUUUACUUUAUAUGUGUCUUCAAUCUCUAAUGAACUCAAAGUACCUGUAAGAUACUUGAAGGAAGACAAACCGCAUGGUUCUGCUGGUGGUCUUUAUUAUUUUAGAGACAUAAUCAUUGAAGAUAGUCCGUCGCAUAUCUUUCUGUUGAACUGUGAUGUUUGCUGUAGUUUUCCUUUGCCAGAUAUGCUUGAGGCACAUCAAAAAUACAGUGGGAUGGGAACAAUGUUAGUAAUCAAGGUUUCUGCUGAAUCAGCCAACCAAUUUGGUGAAUUGGUUGCUGAUCCUGCCACUAAAGAGCUGUUGCAUUAUAUAGAGAAACCAGAGACUUUUGUAAGUGAUUUGAUAAACUGUGGUGUCUAUGUCUUCACCCCAGAGAUCUUUACUGCCAUUCAAGGUGUCUUCACUAAUCGAGAAGACAGAGCAAAUCUAUUACGUGUAUCCAGCUUUGAGAGCCUUCAGUCUGUAACAAGAACCAGUCUUCCUACAGAUUUCGUAAGGUUAGAUCAAGAUAUUUUGUCGCCUCUUGCUGGAAAGAAGCUAUUGUAUACAUAUGAGACCACUGAUUUCUGGGAACAAAUCAAGACUCCAGGAAUGUCUUUGAAAUGUUCUGCUUUAUAUCUUUCCCAAUAUCAAUUUACCUCUCCUCAUCUGUUGGCCACUGGGGAUGGAUCUAGGAAUGCGAGCAUUAUCGGUGAUGUUUAUAUUCAUCCAUCAGCAAAAGUGCACCCAACUGCAAAGAUUGGUCCCAAUGUCUCUGUUUCAGCAAAUGUUCGUGUAGGAGCAGGAGUGAGGCUUAUAAGUUGCAUUAUUUUAGAUGAUGUUGAAAUUCAGGAAAAUGCAGUUGUUAUGCAUUCUAUUAUUGGUUGGAAAUCAUCUCUAGGAAGAUGGUCAAGAGUCCAGGCUGAUGGAGACUACAAUACAAAGCUUGGAAUAACCAUUCUUGGAGAAGCUGUGACAGUUGAAGAUGAAGUUGUUGUUACUAACUGUAUUGUUCUUCCAAAUAAGAUCAUUAACGGUAGUGUGCAGGAGGAAAUCAUCUUAUAACAAGAAGAGGCUAUAAGAGGCUACCCAAAUUGUAGCCGUUAAUUUUUGGAUUUUUGUUGAUUUCCUUCAUUGAGAUUAUCAUGGAAUUGAGAUCUCCAAAGAUGGGUAGGGAACUACCUUGUGUGACUCGGCCUUGGAUUGUUGGGCCACGUUUGGUUUACUCUGAAAAUAGAAAUUGAAUGUAAGUUUUGGAAUAUAAUUUAUUUUUCUUUGGGAUAUAAUUUAUUUUUCUUAUUUGGUAUAUAAGCAAUCCAGAUUUUUAUAGCGUUUUUAUA